GCAAGACAGCCUGAGCGCAGGAAUCCCCAAACGCUCAUCGACACUCGCGAGGACGGCCACGGAGAUCUGACAAGCAGGAGUGUAAGGCAGUUGUGUUUACGCCUUGCUCCUACCAGAAGCUCUGUAUAGCUGAGAUGAAUCGAAUAUGGCCGGUGCUGCUCAAGAGCAUCGUGAUACUGGCGCUGUGGGUCGCCGUGGUGUCCCUGAGUGUCCGCUCGGUCUUCAGUCUGGUGAUGGCGUCACACCUGCCGUUGCUGAUCCUUUUCGUUUGUGGUGUAUGCUUUGUCAUUCUUAACAUCGUUUGUUUCGCGCACUUGUAUGACAGCGUCAACUGUGCGUUUCUCAUCCUGCUUCUCGUCACGCAGACUGUUCUUAUGUACCCGUUGUGCCUCCAAGUAUGGCGUGCCUUUGCAGCUGCCAUAGAGAAAGACAAGAUAAUCAGGAGGCAAAAGAUUCUAAAAGCCAGGUACGCAAACUGGGUCGUCUCGAAACCGUCCAGGAAGCAGCUUCCAGACAUAGAUUCACCACACACAUUCGCAAGCUGUGUGCCAUCCCGCCCAGCUCCUGCUUCGCCAACGGGUGCAACCAGCCAACAGGGUGCUUCUGUCCCUGGUGAUGACUCUCCGGCCCUGGAGGUAACCCGCACCAAGUUCCACGCCAAUACGAAGACUAUAAAGCUCUCGUUGGACACGCCGGAAAUUUACGUCGGGGAACGUAGAAUCUGCAAAUACGUAAUGAGAGCUUUGAAACAUCUAAUAUUUAAAAAACUGUCAUACUACAUCAUCACUAACGCAUCAGGAGACAUCCUCCAUGUAUCUAAGUCUAAGGCUAUUGCCAAUGAACUUCCCGACCGUGUGGUUCAGAAAGACCCACUCGUCAUUUGUAAUGAUAACCAUUACAUCAUUACCUUUGUUACGAAUCCCUGGUUUGAGAAGGUCCAAGUCACCAAAAGGAGCGACGGCGAAAUUGUAACUUUCCAACAAGUCAACCUCAACAAGUUUAUAUGGCCGUUGUUAUGGCCUUCAACUGUCGCCCUUUUUUACGCUAUGUUCGAAAUUCAGAAUAUAAGUAGGCGCAGUAAGUUUCAGAUACUGCUCUACCCAGUCUGGCCCAUUCAUACUCAUAUUAUUAUGACUAAUAUACCAUGGGUCCACAUCUUGCGGUUCUAA